AUGCGCGUCCGCCGGGGGCUGCUGCGGCUGCCGCGCCGCUCGCUGCUCGCUGCGCUCUUCUUCUUCUCGCUGUCGUCCUCGCUGCUCUACUUCGUCUAUGUGGCGCCGGGCAUAGUGAACACCUACCUCUUCAUGAUGCAGGCCCAAGGCAUCCUCAUCCGGGACAACAUGAGGACCAUCGGCGCGCAGGUUUACGAGCAGGUGGUCCGGAGCGCCUAUGCCAAGAGAAACAGCAGUGUGAAUGACUCGGAUUAUCCUCUCGACUUGAACCACAGCGAAUCCUUCCUACAGACCACGACUUUUCUUCCUGAAGACUUCACCUACUUUGCAAACAAUACCUGUCCCGAAAGGCUCCCUUCCAUGAAGGGCCCGAUAGACAUAAACAUGAGUGAGAUUGGAAUGGAUGCCAUCCAUGAACUCUUCUCUAAAGACCCAACCAUCAAGCUGGGCGGUCACUGGAAGCCGUCGGAUUGCGUGCCUCGAUGGAAGGUGGCCAUCCUUGUCCCCUUCCGGAACCGCCACGAGCACCUCCCGGUCCUGCUCCGACACCUCAUUCCCAUGCUCCAGCGCCAGCGCCUGCGGUUUGCGUUUUAUGUGGUGGAGCAAGUUGGCACCCAACCCUUUAAUCGAGCCAUGCUUUUUAAUGUGGGUUUUCAAGAAGCAAUGAAGGACUUGGACUGGGACUGCCUCAUUUUUCAUGACGUGGAUCACAUACCAGAAAGUGAUCGUAACUAUUAUGGAUGUGGACAGAUGCCAAGGCACUUUGCGACUAAACUGGAUAAGUAUAUGUAUCUGCUUCCUUAUACUGAGUUCUUUGGCGGAGUGAGCGGCUUAACAGUGGAACAGUUUCGGAAGAUCAACGGCUUUCCUAACGCGUUCUGGGGGUGGGGUGGAGAAGAUGACGACCUGUGGAACAGAGUCCAGAACGCAGGCUAUUCUGUGAGUCGGCCAGAAGGUGACACAGGGAAGUACAAGUCCAUUCCUCAUCACCAUCGAGGAGAGGUCCAGUUUCUUGGAAGGUACGCGCUGCUGAGGAAGUCCAAGGAGCGGCAGGCGGUGGACGGCCUCAACAACUUGAACUACUUCGCGAACGUCACGUACGACGCCUUGUACAAAAACAUUACCGUCAACUUGACACCCGAGCUGGCUCAGGUGGCUGAGUACUGA